GAGGGUGAGCCUCAAACGCGAAGCAAAGGCCCAGCGAGCCAAGUCUAAGUGUCUGCUGAUUGCAACUGCGCGGGCGGGCGGCGACACCCACAAACUUUCGCCAUCCCCAGUUCCAAGACGCGCAUCUUGGAUGCUCUUUUCCGCCCGCCCCGAUCCUCGUCUCCUUGAGCCCCCACGUCCUGCCACAGACAACCAGAUUCCACUCGCGGGAAGGGGAUGCGAAGGGCGGCCUUUCUCCACGCCUCCGACAGCUCCCCUGGUGACCGUCCUCACGUGGGCUGCGAAAGAAAAACCCCGCCUGGAUCCGCGCGGAUCAAACCGCAGCUGGUCGUCGCUUGAGUUCUUAGCUUGCGCUGAAGAGGAAGAGGAAAGCGCAGCAGGUGCGUUGAUAGAGAGCCAAGCUAUUAGAGGUUGUGCAAGGAAACCUGGUUUGUAUAAGACCAUGAUGACAACAUCAAGCCUCUGCAGCAUCUGGAUUGAGACUCGAGCUCCCAGGAUGCCCCUUUAUCUUCUCCUUCUCGUCCUCCAGCUCCCAGUGUGGGGGAAAGGAAACCCACAUGAAACACGUGAUGUCGAAAAAGAAAUUAGAAGAAUAGAAUCAAAAUUGAGAAACUUAGAAAUGCCUCAGCCAAGUAGGACUGUCAUACGCGAAAAUCCCUUUAUAUAUCUCCAACAUCUGGAGUCAAUUUUGACAGAGACACAGUUCCAAGGAGAUCACAAGAGAUUUGGGAGAUCAAAGAUAUUUGCCAAUGUGCAUAAAAUUGUACCCCAGACACCUGAAAAUCUAUCCAUUGAGGAAAUUGUACAGGAUGUUGAAAUCAACCAGUUCCAAGUGACUCUGUCAAAAACAGUCUUAGCAAAAGCCAAAGGUGCAAAAGUCAACCAGGAGGGACGAGUUGUGAUUUUGGCAGCAACCAGCCCAGUGCUCUUCAAGGAUAAUGAUUCCCACCCGAUCCUUGGUGGAAAAGUGAUUGGCAUCUCAGUGGGGAACACACCAGUCCAUGGGUUGCUCCCAAAAGAGCGAAUAUCAAUAACUUUUUGGCACAACCAGAGGAAUUUGACUCCUUCGUGUGUCUUCUGGGUUAUGGGUGCCAAGCCUGGUGACAUUGGCAAGUGGAAUACAUCAGGCUGUGAAGUGGAGCAUAGAGGUAACCAAACAACCUGCCUUUGUGACCAUCUCACCUUCUUUGCGGUACUCAUGCUCCCCUCCUCAGAUAUAGACAAGAUCCACCAGGAAUACCUGAACAUUGUCAGUUACGUUGGUUGCAUCAUUUCAGCUCUGGCUUCACUCAUCACCUUUGUCUUCCUUUGCUUGCGGAAAAAGCAGAGGGACCACAUCAUCUAUGUCCACAUGAACCUCCUCUGGGCCAUCUUCCUUCUCGACAUGAGCUUCCUCAUUGCUGUGUACCUGGCUCUUGCAGGAGGAGACAUAGCUUGCAAAGCUAGUGGGAUGUUCCUACAUUUUGGCGUGCUUGCGUGCUUGACUUGGAUGGCCAUUGAGGGCUACAAUCUCUACCGGCUGGUGAUCCAAGUCUUCAACUCCUCCAUGAAAUGCUUACUUGUCAAGCUGUCCUUAAUCGGUUGGGGUCUUCCUACACUUAUCGUAUGCCUAAUUUUUGGGAUCGAUCAGUCCUACUAUGGGCCUUCCUCUUUUAAGGUCUAUGAGUCUCCUGGAAAUUACACCAUCUCAACCAUGUGUUGGAUUACCAAAAUGGAGAUAAACAGUUUCUUCAAUUUGGGCUAUUUAAGCCUGGUGCUCUUGUUCAACAGCAUUAUGCUGGCCAUCAUGGUGUAUGAGAUUCUUAGGCUGAAACAUCAAGAGCAUCACUGGGGAUAUGUGGUGAUGCUCCUGGGCCUGAGCUGUGUCCUGGGCAUCCCGUGGGGGCUGGUCUUCUUUGCGUUUGCUUCUGGGACCUUUCAUUUGGUGGCCAUGUAUCUUUUCACCAUCAUCAACUCUCUCCAAGGCUUCCUCAUCUUCCUUUGGUACUUGGCCAAAGUCCUACAGUCUCGCAGGUCGAAUUCCAUGCAGUGCAUGACUUCCAACAGCCUGAAGCUCCAGUCCAGCAGCACCAGCAUCUGAUCUUGUCCUGGCCAGGAGGACUUUGGAUGUGAAACGUUCAUGGGAGGAUCUUCCUGGAAACUCAAUCAAACAAUUCUUUGGUGGACUUGGGUGACUUCAUACCUCUGAGUAGCUUCGGGAUGAGACCAAUCUGUUUUCCUUCAAUAUAGGAAAUCUUGACUUACAAUAGUUUGUUUAGUGACUUUCAAACUUACAACGGCACUGAAAAAAGUGAUUUGACCAUUCUUCAUACUUACAACUAUUGCGACAUCCUCACAGACAUGUGAUCAAAAUUCAGACACUUAGCAACUGACACAUAUUUUUGUGACCUUCUGUAAGCAAAGUCAAUGGGGAAGCCAGAUUCACUUAAGAACUGUGUAACUAACUUAACAACGGCAGUGGUUCACUUAUCAACUGUGGUAAGGAAGUUUGUAAAAUGGGGAAAAACUCAUUUAACAAAUAUCUCUCUUAGCAACAGAAAUUUUGGGCUCAAUUGUGGUCAUAAGUCAAGAACUACCUGUAUUUGUAUGGCUCUAAUGUAAAUAUUUUUAAAAAAUUUCUAUGGUGUGAAAAGUUGAUGAGAGUGCAUUGAAAUUUAAACCAUGUGUAUUAGAGACAAUUUUUUAUUAGUGCCGGUAUCUACUUAAUUACAUCUGGACAAAAUGUAGCUCAAACAACCAUUUGUGUGUGGUUGUGUGCCAGGAGAAAAGUUGUGGAGAGUGAAACGAAGCCAGGCGUGGGGGAGUCUGCAGGAAGGGAGUCAAAGAAGGGGGCAGGGCUGGGACUGAGUGCUUGCUUUUUUUGACCCCCUUCCUAUCUGUAUCCUUUCAAGGGAUGUCUGCUUGACCAUUUUAUUGGAUGAUAUAUGGGAAUUUUGUUUUCAGCAUUGUUCUAUUUUGAUAACCUGAAACUAUUGUUUGUGGCUAUCAGAAAGAAUAUGGAUUUUUUUUUAAAAAAUAUGGCCAGUAUAUAUCCCUUGAUGCUGAUGAUGUUGCUUAGUUGGGUCAUGAAACAUCUGCAAGCAAGCUCAGGAGAGCGCUAAAGACUUCUCAAUUCAACCCUAAGUGACAGAGUUUUUCUUCUAUUGGAACCACAUAUGGGCGUCGUACCCUUCAGCAUUUAAAUGUGAGAAAUUGCCAGAUUGUAUAAAAGGCAGUGAUGUGACCUGGUUAGCAGGGAUUCCCUGCUUAAUGGGACAUUACAGCAGUGUUUCUCAACAAUUACAACUUUAAAAAUCUAAACUUUUAGAUUUUAUUUCCUAGAAUUCCCCAGCUAGGAGAGCUGGCCCGGGAAUUCUGAGAGUUGAAGCCCACACAUCUUAAGUUGAAUUCUGGGAAUUGAAGUCCACACAUCCUACAAUUGAAUUCUGGGAGCUGAAGUCCACACAACUUAAAGCUGAAUUUCAGGAGUUGAAGCCCACAUGUCUUAAGCUAAAAUCCCGGAAUUGAAAUCCACACAUCUUACAGUUGAAUUCUUGGGUUUGAAGUCCGCACAUUUUUGCUGAAUUCUGGGAAUUGAAGUCCGUAUAUUUUAAAACUGAAUUCUGAAAGUUGACCUCCACAUAUCUUAAAGUUGCUGAGGCUAGGGAUUAGGGGAUCUAAAUUAACAUGUGGACUAAGAAGCUGUGAAGCAGAAUAGUGGUUUAACAGACACUGUGCAUCCAUAUUGUAUGGCUAGUUUAUGCCAUGCAAAACUGUAAGUGUGUUAAUCCAGUAAUUAGUACUCUCAAAAGGAAAAUUAGUCAGGACAGAGCUAUCAGCUUCAAUUUAUAUAUUCUCAGUAAAAUAAGAAACCCUCUCACUUUAAAAUGAAAUAUUUGAUAGAAAAAAAGUGAACCUUCCUUCUGGAUAAAUGCUAUGUUAAUUUCUAAAGCACAAAAUCCCAUUCCUAGAGGUUUUAGACUGUUGAAUCCCUAAAGAGUUUUUAAGAGAGUUUUUUUCUUCUUCACUUAAUCCUCCAUGGAAAUUUAUGGGAAGCCACAGCCCUACUACACUAAGUUGGUUCGUGCAAUUUUUGAAAUUAUUCCUUUGGAUUGGUAUUUGGAUUUCACAAUUAAUUAACAGAGAGGUGCUUUCUAUAUAGCCUUAUUUAAAAACCAUGUUGGAGCCAUGUUAACUACAUUUUAGAUGUAGACUGCUCCUUUUCAGUCUACAUCUAACAUGUAUUCACUGGCCAUUAUUUGGGAGAUCUAAACAAAGCAAACUUAAGGAAAGAGCUACCAAAAUACUUUCAGCAUGUCGAUUGUCCCACUAGAGGCAACAAUAUGUUAGACCACUGCUACACAACACUAAAAUAUGCUUAUUGGUCUUUACCACGUGCAGCUGUAGGACACUCUGAUCAUUGCAUGAUUCACCUUGUACCUGCUUACAGGUACAACUGUACAACUGACCCCAUCCCAUUGGGUUCACAACCCCUAGUGAUCACAGAAAAGGAAAUGCAGGACCUGUUUCACAGACAAAAGCCAGGAAAAGCUCCAGGCCCAGACAAGAUAACUCCUUCUUGCUUAAAAGUCUGUGCUGACCAAUUGGCCCCCAUCUUCACCCAUAUCUUCAAUAAAUCACUAGAGAUGUGCUAUGUUCCUUCUUGCUUCAAACGCUCUACCAUCAUCCCAGUGCCGAAGAAGCCCACUAUCAAGGAACUGAAUGACUACAGACCAGCUGCUUUAACAUCUGUAGUCAUGAAAGCCUUUGAAAGGCUAGUGCUUUCCUAGUUGAAAACCAUCACGGAUCCACUGUUAGACCCCUUGCAAUUUGCAUACCGAGCAAAUAGAUCAACAGAUGAUGCUGUUAAUAUGGCUCUGCACUACAUCCUACAACAUCUUGAGUCUCCAAAGACCUAUGUAAGGGUCCUCUUUGUAGACUUUAGUUCAGCAUUCAAUACCAUCAUUCCAGACACUCUUCUAACUAAGCUAAACCAGCUACAAGUACCUGAACAGAUCUGUAGUGGAUCACAAGCUUCCUAACAAACAGGAAGCAGCAGGUGAAGCUAAGCGGAAUCACUUCAGAUACCUGUAAAAUUAGCACAGGGGGCCCCCAAGGCUGUGUGCUCUCCCCACUUCUCUUCUCUCUGUAUACCAGUGACUGCAUCUCCAAUGAUCCAUCUGUUAAACUACUGAAGUUUGCAGAUGACACAACAGUGAUCAGUCUCAUUUGAGACAAUGAUGAAUCCGCAUAUAGACGUGAGGUCGAACAACUAGCCUUGUGGUGCGACCGUAACAAUCUGGAACUGAACACAUUCAAAACUGUAGAAAUGGUGGUAGACUUUAGGAGAAACCCUUCCAUACUUCCACCUUUCACAAUACUUGACAACACAGUAUCAACAGUAGAAACCUUCAAAUGUCUAGGUUCUGUCAUAUCACAAGAUCUAAAAUGGACAGUUAACAUCAAAAACAUCAUCAAAAAAACGCAACAAAGAAUGUUCUUUCUGUGCCAACUCAGAAAGCUCAAACUGCCCAAGGAGCUACUGAUCUAGUUCUACAGAGGAAUUAUUGAGUCUGUCGUUUGCACCUCUAUAACUGUCUGGUUUGGUUCUGCAACCCAACAAGAAAGACGCAGACUUCAGAAGAUCAUUAGAACUGCAGAAAAAAUAAUUGCUACCAACCCGCCUUCCAUUGAGGACCUGUAUACUGCACGAAUCAAAAAGAGGGCUGUGAAAAUAUUUACAGAUCCCUCACAUCCUGGACAUAAACUGUUUCAAUUCCUACCAUCAAAACGAUGCUAUAGAGCAUUGCACAUCAGAACAACUAGACACAAGAACAGUUUUUUCCCGAAGGCCAUCACUCUGCUAAACAAAUAAAUACCUCAGCACUGUCAAACUAUUUACUAAAUCUGCAGUACUAUUAAUCUUCUCACCGUUCCCAUCACCAAUCUCUUUCCACUUAUGACUGUAUGACUGUAACUUUUUGUUGCUAUCAUUAAGGGUUAAAUUGCAACCUAUGACCAUCAUUUGUGUUGUAAAUGUUGUAUCUUUGAUGAAGGUAUUUUUUUUCCUUUUAUGUACACUGAGAGCAUAUGCACCAAGACA